AAGGUGAAAGGAGACUUUCGAGGCGCGAUAGCUGAUGAUAAUGUUGAGACGCACUCGAGGAUGUUGCAUCUGAAGGGGGGUUGUGCAGCAAGAUUGAUGAGUUGGUCCAACGUCCAAUGUUUCAAGGUUCGACCUAGUGAUCCUGCGGCGCGGCAACGGCAAAGGGCGAAAAAAGACGGCAGCGAGCGGCGGCGGCGGCAGCAGCGGCGGGAUCGGAUUGAAUCGGAU